GGCGUAUUUUUUGAGCACUAGUUUAUAGUCAAUGAAAAUCAAAUGAUUGACUGAAAAAACUCUCAUUGAAUACACAUUUCAUUCAACACUUAUUUAACGAAACAUUUGUUAAUUAAUAGUUAAAUAUUUAUAAUAUUUAUUAAAAAUAUUUAAUUAAUUAAAUAUUACAAGAAUUGAAUACUUAAACCACAUUUAAAGGCAACAAACGAUGGAUUUUAAUAACACACCUCUUGUGGUCUCGUUGUUAGCGCUGAGCGGAACCACUCUUUUCAUCCUCUAUAAGAUGUUUUCCAAGAAAUCAAAUCCAAAAUUACUGUUAAAUCCGGAGGAAAAAUAUUGGGUUCCGUUGAUUGAAAGGGAGGACAUCUCUCACGACACCCGACGCUUCCGCUUCGGUCUCCCAUCCGAUGACCACAUUCUCGGUCUUCCCGUCGGACAGCAUAUCUUCCUCACCGCUCACGUCAACAAUCAGUUAGUGAUCAGAGCCUAUACUCCCGUCUCCAGCGAUGACGACAAGGGUUUCAUCGAUUUGGUCGUCAAAGUAUACUUCGGUAACGUUCACCCGAAGUUCCCGGAAGGCGGCAAAAUGUCACAGUAUUUGGAAAACAUGAAGAUCGGCGAUAAGAUCCAAAUCCGUGGACCCAAUGGUCUGCUUGAGUACAAAGGCAGAGGAAAACUGUCGAUAAAACCCGACAAAAAGAAACCGUCGGUUCUUCAGGACUACAAGAGGAUCGGAAUGAUUGCCGGCGGCACUGGUAUUACGCCAUGCCUUCAAUUGAUACGACAGGUGUUCAAAGACCAAAACGAUAAGACAGACCUUUGGCUCCUCUACGCCAACCAAUCGCCAGACGAUAUCCUUUUGCGCAAAGAGUUAGAAGAGGUGUCCAAAGAACAACCCAAUCGGUUCCACCUCUGGUACACUGUUGACAGACCGACAGACGAUUGGAAAUACAGCUCUGGAUUUAUAAACUCAGAGAUGAUUGGCGAGCAUUUGCCGGCGCCGGCCGACGAUACGUGUGUACUGAUGUGCGGACCGCCGCCUAUGAUUAACUUCGCCUGCAAUCCUAAUCUCGACAAAUUAGGUCAUCCGCCGCACAAACGAUUUGUCUAUUAGUGUCCGUAAAACUUAAUCCGAUUUUAUGUUUUGAUUUUUAUAUCAUUUUCUACUUUUAAAACUUGAUUUAAAUUAUGUUUGAAUUUUAUUAAAUAUUUUAAAUAUCAUUUUACCG